GGCGGCAGCAGUAAUAGCAGGAGCAGCCACAGAAGGCAUCGGAGCGGGCGUCGGAGCUGCCCGCUAGGGGGGAGAGAGAGAAAGAGAGAGAGAGGAGCGAGAAAGAGGGCGAGCGAGGAGAGGGAGCCCGAGGCGGAAAAGUAACUGUCAAAUGCGCGGCUCCUUUAACCGGAGCGCUCAGUCCGGCUCGGAGAGUCAUGGCGACCGCAGCGUCUAACCACUACAGCCUGCUCACCUCCAGCGCCUCUAUCGUGCAUGCCGAGCCGCCCGGCGGCAUGCAGCAGGGUGCGGGGGGCUACCGCGAGGCGCAGAGCCUGGUGCAGGGCGACUACGGCGCGCUGCAGAGCAACGGGCAUCCGCUCAGCCACGCUCACCAGUGGAUCACCGCGCUGUCCCACGGCGGCGGCGGCGGGGGCGGCGGCGGGGGGGGCGGGGGCGGCGGCGGGGGCGGCGGCGACGGCUCCCCGUGGUCCACCAGCCCCCUGGGCCAGCCGGACAUCAAGCCCUCGGUGGUGGUGCAGCAGGGCGGCCGCGGCGACGAGCUGCACGGGCCAGGCGCACUGCAGCCGCAGCACCAGCAGCAGCAGCAACAGCAGCAACAGCAGCAGCAGCAGCAACAGCAGCAGCAACAACAGCAGCAGCCGCGGCCGCCGCAUCUGGUGCACCACGCCGCCAACCACCACCCCGGGCCCGGGGCAUGGCGGAGCGCGGCCGCGGCGGCGCACCUCCCGCCCUCCAUGGGAGCGUCCAACGGCGGCUUGCUCUACUCGCAGCCCAGCUUCACCGUGAACGGCAUGCUGGGCGCCGGCGGGCAGCCGGCGGGGCUGCACCACCACGGCCUGCGGGACGCGCACGACGAGCCGCAUCACGCCGACCACCACCCGCACCCCCACUCGCACCCGCACCAGCAGCCGCCGCCGCCGCCACCGCCUCAGGGCCCCCCGGGCCACCCUGGCGCCCACCACGACCCGCACUCGGACGAGGACACGCCGACCUCGGACGACCUGGAGCAGUUCGCCAAGCAGUUCAAGCAGAGGAGGAUCAAACUGGGAUUUACCCAAGCAGACGUGGGGCUGGCGCUGGGCACCCUGUACGGCAACGUGUUCUCGCAGACCACCAUCUGCAGGUUUGAGGCCCUGCAGCUGAGCUUCAAGAACAUGUGCAAGCUGAAGCCUUUGUUGAACAAGUGGUUGGAGGAGGCGGACUCGUCCUCGGGCAGCCCCACGAGCAUAGACAAGAUCGCAGCGCAGGGGCGCAAGCGGAAAAAGCGGACCUCCAUCGAGGUGAGCGUCAAGGGGGCUCUGGAGAGCCAUUUCCUCAAAUGCCCCAAGCCCUCGGCCCAGGAGAUCACUUCCCUCGCGGACAGCUUACAGCUGGAGAAGGAGGUGGUGAGAGUUUGGUUUUGUAACAGGAGACAGAAAGAGAAAAGGAUGACCCCUCCUGGAGGGACUCUGCCGGGCGCCGAGGAUGUGUACGGGGGGAGUAGGGACACGCCACCACACCACGGGGUGCAGACGCCCGUCCAGUGAACUCGAGCGGGGGAGGGGCAGAGCGCAGGGCUCUCCCUCCCCUUUGGCUCAUAGUCCUUUCCCGACCCCUGUUCCCUCUCUAACUUCUGAUUGUUCUUUUUAUUUUUAAUUAUUAUUUCCCCGUCCCUUAAAAAGAACAAAAAUAAGGAAAAAGGAAAACAACUAAGACACUGGACUAUCCUAUAAACGGUAGCAGGUGUAAUAAUGUGUUUUGACCUUUUGCAGGCAAGUACCCAGGCAAUGAAGUAGUGUCUCCUAGAAAGAGUGAGGGGAAAGAGAGAGGAAGAGAGAGGGAGAGAGAGGAAGAGAGAGAGGAGAGAGAGAGAGAGAGAGAGAGAGAGAGAGAGAGAGAGAGAGAGAGAGAGAGAGAACAAGAAUCUGAGACAAAUACCUGGCAAAACUAAAUAAAUUACCAAAAAAUCCACCAAACCAUGAUAAACACAAAUUGCAGCUUCCGAUGCUCGAAGUUGGCACAUGCUGCUGUGUUUAUUUAACGUGGAUCCCCAUCAGGAAAGAGGAAAAAAUACACACAUCUUUGAUAUAAGUAAAAUUUGACCACAUAAAUUUACACUGCAAGAAAAUUGAAGUUUACAUGAACAAAUUCACAAACAUUUUUCUGAUCCCGCCGUAAAUUUUGUAAUUGACGUUUUUGGUGUUGUUUUUGUUUUGCUCUACUCAGCGGGGAGAAUUGUAGCCAGCUCUUGGCUGCUCUCCACGUCUGCUGUUCUUGUGUUAUCCCUUGUUCCUACUAUUUGUGAACUUUGCUUGCCUUUAGAUCCCCCUUGAAUUGGUGUAACAUUUAUUUACUCUUUUAACCAAAGCAAGAGGAUUGGCUUCAUACAAAAUUGUCUGCUUUCAGGAAAUGUGUGCAUCUAUUUGUUUUAUCCAAAGCAAGAAUCUAGUUUGAAAUAUUAAAAAAUGAGAAUCAAACAUAGGUUUUUGUUACUACUAACAAAGUAAACUUCAUUUUCAGGCAGUGUUUCUGGGGGAGGUUAUAGAGGGGAGAAAAAGAAAAAUCGAUAAUGAGUGACUGAUUGUUUCAUUUUAUCAGGCGGACCCAUUGUGAAAGAGCUCAGAGGAAAUGUGGAGGUUAAAUAUAUUUCCAGAGUUGUCCAACAGAAGGAAAGUGGCACUUUGAAGAGAACUAGAGAAAUAUAUAUCUUCAGAGAUCCCUGAAUAGUUCUCUCCCUUUGGUUUUAAUAACUUAGUUGUGAGGAAUUAUAUGUGCUGACAGCAGCAAUUAAACUUUGUUCUUCUAAUAGCUUUUUAAAAAGGAACAAAAAGAAAAGAACCCAGAAACUUAAUAUUAUAUGCAUAAACUGUGUUUCUUGGCACACAAAUACCACAUGCAUACAUAGAUGGUAGACUGGUUUUGUCUUCACUAGUUCAUUUGUUUAUCAUAUCAUAUUUAGGGUCCCAUCACCCUCUUCUCCUGUAAUUUAUUACAGAAAAUACCAGUUAGACUUGGACAGCUUUUAUCCCCCUCUUUCACUAAGGAAGCCAAAUGAAGUGAAAAAAAAAAUGCCAUUUUCAAUCCUUCCUUUCUCUCCUUUGUUAAUAGUUUUAAGUGCAUUUUUUACCUUGUCUUGAUGGAAAACUGUUAACUCCCAACACAAAAGACUCUACUGGGAAGUAUAGGUGAAAAAAAACUUGUAACUGUAUUGAAAAUAAAUACCAGUAAACUGUGAUCAGUUAAAAAUUAAAAAUAAUAAUCAGCACAAAAGGGCACUAAAAGGGAAGACACUUUUUUAUUAACUUUAAAGUUUGGGGCUUUUUUUCUGGUUAGAUAUUAGAUAAAUGUUUAUUUUAAAAAAUUCUCACUACCAUAAAAUUAUGGUUCAGCAUCAGAUUAGCAUUGCACUCAGUAGUUAAGGUUUUAGGAAAUAUGCUUUAUACAAGAUUGUCUUUUCAAACACCUGUGAUUGUUUCAUUCUCAAUGUUUUUGCAAGAUAAAUGGUGACUUAUAAUGGGCAUAUUUAUUUGCCUGUUCUUCAUUUCCCCCAAUGAAUGUCUGGAGGAGAUGGUCACGGUGCUGCUGGGGGUGCUUCACCCUGCUUGUUCCUGAGGUGUGGGGACUGGCUUUCAGUGAAGCAAUCCAGAGCAGGGCAAAUAGCCAAUGGUAAAGGGAGGAAAUGAAUUUUCAGAUACUUAUUAUCAAGUAGGUAAGGCCAGAAGCUAGAGUUCAGGGGAUGUGUCUACGGCUCCUCUAACUCUCAUAGGUUUACUAAGAUGAAAGUUACCGCCAAACCUUACCACUAUGUAUAUAUGUUUAAUAUCUGUCUUUUGAAAUGCAGAAAUAGUUUAAAUGUUUCUUUGUCUAUUUUUUCUUUUUUUUAAUGCUACCCAGGGAAAUAUUUUCAUAUCAUUUUUAAGUGGCCUGCCUCAAUGUAUAUUUAUUUCUUUUGAAGCAAAAAGGUUCUGGAAACUGUUUUUCUGUAGCUUUAAAUGAGUAGGUGAGCAAAAUCUAUAUGGGAUGUAAUUUUUUUUUUUUGUUCAGUCUCUUUAAAAACACUUUGUUUUGGUACAUUUGGUUGUGCUUGUGGGGAAAAUAAAAACACAGAGAUCCUUAUAUAUUUAUGUUAAAGUAAUAUUUUAUUAUUACAUAAAACGGAAAUGCACAAUA